AUGAGACUAGCCAACGGACUCAGCAGUACUUCAAUCUCAGGGAUAUUGUUGAACGUUCUGCUUGAAGCCCAAGUUGCCAAAACGCAAUUCGUUUCAGCAAUCUCACCAUGUCCAAUUGAGUGUGACCCAAGCGGCUCGAACCCAUCUGCUUGGACAUACUAUUAUGGCUUCGACGAGCUCAAUGCCUGCGACGGCACUGUGAUCUUCGAGACGAACAUCUACAACAACGUUACCAAUACGAAACAUCUUUACUACAGGGCCUGUACAGCCACAGGUGGUACGGUCUUGCCAGACGGUACUGCUGGAGUGAAGAGCAUUUCUGAUAGGGCGACGGUUGAUCCAGCACGGGGAAAUGCUUCGUCACCAAGUCUUGCACGAAGACAAGUGCUUUCUCUAAACGACACAACGCCAGCAGCGGCCUCUUUACAACUCGUCAGUGGAAACAACGGCGGAGACGCCGACAUUGCUGCCGCUCAAGCCGCCCUCGACGGAUUAGGGAACUACAUUGCAACAAUAGAGAACAAUGCGUCCACCAUCUUUGCACGCUCGAAAUCAAUGGUUGCUGGGGCAUAUAUCGGAUCUCAACUCGACAAGUCAAGUGCCGCUGCUGCGAUUAGCAAGUUCCACGAUCGGGUAGGCCAGAAUUCAGCACCUUCCGAGUUUGCUGCUCAAUCGUGCGGCACUGCCGACAAGACAGUCAGUGCAGACUACUUCGGUGUCAUCUAUGACACGUCUGUAUUGACGGUGGGGACGACGUUGCGGAGUUGGGACCAAGCAGGGUGCAUCACAGGAGACCAAAGCCAGCCUUGGGACGGCGUGCAGGUGCAGCGCCUUUCUGGAACCCGAGUUUCGAUUGCUCCAGAAGCGAGAUCAAUACUUGUCGUCAGAGCCACCUGCAAUUACACUCAAGUCGAGUCUGGCGAUGGUUGUUAUUCAGUAGCAGAACGUUGUGGCAUCUCCCAGGAUCAACUGGAGUCGUACAAUGGAAGCAGUGCCUUCUGUUCUAGCCUGACCCCAGAUGAGUAUGCAUGCUGCUCCGCAGGAAGCCUGCCGGAUUUUUCCCCUCAGCAGAAUCCAGACGGCAGUUGCAUCUCGUAUACGAUACAGCCUGAUGAUUACUGCGCGGCCAUCGCCGAGGCACAUCAGAUGACCACGCAGGACAUAAAAAACCGGAACAACCAGACUUGGGGCUGGCAAGGCUGUGGCAACCUGUUCGUGGGAAUGAAAAUUUGUCUAAGUACUGGUAUCCCUCCAUUCCCUGCUAAUGUACCGAAUUCGGUGUGCGGUCCACAGGUCAACAAUACGCAGGCGACAUCCGAGCCAACGACUUGGGCUGACCUCAAUCCGUGUCCCUUGAACGCUUGCUGCGAUAUCUUCGGCCAAUGCGGAAUCACUCCCGACUUCUGCACGGCUGAUCCAGCAGACACUGGCAACCCUGGAACAGCACAGCCGGGGAGUAAUGGGUGCAUAUCCAACUGCGGGACCGACAUCAUCUCCGGCCCUCCCCCUGCUACCUUCGAGAGGGUCGCUUCCAUACCAGAGAGAUACACCAUUGUCCACUGGGCAUUCGCCAACAUCUCAGACUCCUUCGAACCAUCCGUGACCCCAUACGAGGACGGCUGGGCCAAAUUUAAGGAUCAAACGGGUUUUAAACGGGUCGUUUCUUUCGGUGGAUGGACGUUCUCGACCGCAGGGUCCAUGCCUGACAACCGGCAGACGUUUGCAAAUAACCUCGCCGCAUUCGUUCAAAAUGAGGGAAUCGACGGCAUCGACAUUGAUUGGGAGUAUCCGGGUGCACCUGACGACGAGGGAGAAGACAUUCCAAUCGAUUCCCCAGACAGUGGACCGAAUUACCUCGCAUUUCUCAAGCUUCUUCGCGCUGCUCUGCCAAGUCAAUGUACCGUCUCGAUUUCGCUGCCGGCAUCGUACUACUAUUCGAAAGCCUUUCCUGUCAAGGACAUGGCGCCUCUCCUUGACUACUUCAUCUACAUGACAUAUGAUUUGCACGGGCAAUGGGACUAUGGCAACAAGUUCACGAACCCCGGCUGUCCCAACGACAACUGCUUGAGAUCCCAAAUUAACCACACCGAAACCGCAUCCGCUCUCUCCAUGUUGACGAAGGCCGGAGUCCCGGCAAACAAGAUCAUGCUGGGCCAGCCCCUAUAUGGCCGAAGCUUCCAAAUGAGCCAGGCAGACUGCAUCACCCCAGAAUGCACGUUCACAGGCCCCGCCAGUGGAGCUUUGCCCGGGAAUUGCACUGAAACCCCUGGCUAUCUAUCGAAUACUGAGAUCCUGAGCAUUAUUAAUGGUGGACAGUAUAGCGUUCAGCAAUACGAAACGACUGAGGCGGGUGAUAUCCUUGUGUACGACGAUACUCAGUGGGUCUCAUGGAUGAAAGGCGCCACGUACGACUCUCGCAGUGAGUGGGCGCAAGCCCUGGGGUUUGCUGGAACGUCGGACUGGGCUAUCGACUUGAAUGUUACAGGGGGCGAAGAUGGUGGUGGAGGAGGCGGUGGUACUGGCGGCGGAUCCGGCAGUGGUGUUGUUUCCAUCGAUCCCUCUGUCUAUUCUGGCAGCCCGACCGUGUCCUGCCAGCCCCCAUGCACUUUCGUCUUUCCACCUUGGACGCUACCUUACACGACCACUAUAACGCCUUCACCCGUCACAACAUCGAUCACGGAGGAGUGGCCGCUGGUAACGACCUUGAGUGGAAUGGUGACGACCACCUACUCUUCAGAUACCACCAUUACAUUCCCACCCAUCACAACGACGGAAGUUCCUGUAUCGAACGUAGAGUGGACGGACACCAAUGCCCCCGUCUUCACUCUAACGAGCAGCGUCUUGCCACCGCCAGCUACGCUCUCGCAAGAAUCAACCGUCGUCACAACUAGUGGAACAACGAAAACUAUCCCGGGCAUCUACUACGUCUUCAGUCUGGGACCUUAUCCUCCACCGGCUACGCCAACCUCAGGACAGACCUCUACCACGCCGGCACCACCUCCGCCUACGGGUUGUCCCUUCUGCCCGCCGUCAAUAACGGGGCACAUUGGUCCACCUGGGCCUAUCUGCAUUAUCGGCUGUGGUAGUCUCGGUGGCGGAGGAGGUGGUGGAGGCGGAGGUGGCUGUGGGAGACCAAACUGCAACGACUGUAUAGGUGUGGGUUGCUCCAAUGGAGGCGACUGCGUAGGCCCCGGCUGUGGUGAUAAUAGCGACGACGGCAGUGGUGGCGACGGGGGAGACAAUCCUGAUGACCCCGACGAUCCAGACGAUCCAGAGUCAUCAUGUUCCUCCAGCUCCACCGUCACCGACUGCUCGGUGGAUUGCAACGUGGGACCGGAUUCUGAUGAGAGUACUUACACGACCUCUUGCUUCAGCACCUCGUGCUCCGACCACGUCGGCUGCCGCGCCACGGGCUCGACAACCACAGAGGAGACCACCACCGCCUGCGCAAGUGAACCGCCAUACACCGCUUCGUUUGGGCCCAACGGCCAGAUCCCCAUGAUGGGAGGCGGGGGCGAUGCCGGCACCAUCUUAGUCCCCGGCUAUAUCGGAGCCAAUCCCACCUAUGAUCCAUCCAACACAGGGGGAACUGGUACCCCCACGGGGACAUCCACAAGUACAAACCCACCAGACGCCUCAGCGACCAUCAGCCUCUCGCUGUACUCCGACCUGAGCUGCCAGAACAAGUCCACCACAGUGACGCUGACGAGUCUGGACGUCUGCACCAACAACGACAUCGGCUUCAUGUCGAUGCUCGUCGACAGCUCCAAGGGCCUCGAGGAUCACCCGACGCUGAACGUGUACCCGGACGAAUUCUGCCAGGCCGAUCCGAUCUAUCAGGCGGAUGUCUUGUCCGCCAGCUGUCUCAAUGAGUUCACGCAGAUGGGAGGUCCGGAUGAGUGUGGGGAUACUGGAUGUACCAUCUUUUAUGGCAUCGAGUGGACUGCCAACUGA